GGUCCCUCGUUCCUCGGCCACAAGCGGGCGUGAGGUCCGGCCGCACCUUCUCUAGCCUGACAGCCUGGCGCCGGGAUGACCGUCACAUACACAGCCCGCGUGGCCAAUGCGCGCUUCGGCGGCUUCUCGCAGCUGCUACUGCUGUGGCGCGGCAGCAUCUACAAACUUCUGUGGCGGGAGCUGCUCUGUUUUCUCGGGCUCUACAUGAUGCUGAGUGCCGCCUAUCGCUUCGUGCUGACCGAAGGGCAGAAGCGUUACUUCGAGAAGCUUGUCAUCUACUGCGACCAGUACGCCAGUCUCAUCCCAGUCUCUUUCGUGCUUGGCUUCUACGUGAACCUGGUGGUGCACCGCUGGUGGAACCAGUACCUCUGCAUGCCGCUGCCCGAUGCGCUAAUGUGCAUAGUGUCGGGCACCGUGCACGGACGCGACGAGCGUGGCCGCCUCUACCGGCGCACGCUCAUGCGCUACGCAGGGCUCUCGGCUGUGCUCAUCCUGCGCUCUGUCAGCACCGCGGUCUUCAAGCGCUUCCCCACCAUAGACCACGUGGUGGAGGCUGGGUUUAUGACCCGCGAGGAGCGCAAGAAGUUCGAGAACCUGAAUUCAUCCUACAACAAGUAUUGGGUGCCCUGCGUCUGGUUCUCUAACCUAGCGGCACAGGCCCGGCGAGAGGGCCGCAUCCGCGACAACAGCGCCCUUAAAUUGCUGCUCGAGGAGCUGACUGUGUUUCGGGGCAAGUGUUCGAUGCUCUUUCACUACGACUGGAUCAGUGUACCCCUCGUCUACACCCAGGUGGUGACCAUCGCAGUGUACAGUUACUUCCUGGCCUGCCUCAUCGGUCGCCAGUUCCUAGAUCCUGCGCAGGGCUACAAAGACCACAAUCUUGACCUGUUUGUACCAGUCUUCACUCUGCUGCAGUUCUUCUUCUAUGCUGGUUGGCUCAAGGUAGCAGAGCAGCUCAUCAACCCCUUUGGAGAGGACGACGAUGAUUUUGAAACCAACUUUCUGAUCGACCGCAACUUCCAGGUGUCAAUGCUAGCGGUGGACGAGAUGUACGACGACCUGGCUAUGCUGGAGAAGGACCUGUACUGGGACACAGCUGAGGCUCGGGCCCCCUACACCGCGGCCACAGCCUUCUUGAAGCAGCAGCCCUCCUUCCAGGGCUCCACCUUCGACAUCACGCUGGCCAAGGAGGACAUGCAGUUCCAGCGGCCCGAAGGCAUGGACGUGCCUCUGGGCGAGGCGCAUGGAGACUUCUUGCAGCGCCUCCUGCCUGUGGGUCCGGGUAUGGCUGCAGGAAGCCUGCUGGGCCGGCGUCUGUCCUUGUUGCGCCGCAAGAACAGCUGCGUGUCCGAGGCGUCCACAGCAGCCAGCUGCGUGAGCACCAGCGCCCUCGAUAGCGUGGCCCCUGAGUGCGGCUGCGGGGACCUACUGUUGGACUCCAGCCUUCACGAGCCAGAACUCAAUCCUCACACUGGGCUAGAGCCACCAACCCCUGGGCUGGACACUGAACCCUUCACCACUGUGGCCAUGCCAGCACUCCGGGGGCCGGCUCCACCCUGGCUGCCCAGCCCCAUUGGUGAGGAGGAAGAGUGUCUCACUUGAGACCCUCGUGGGGGUUCAAGAACCAAGACCCACACUGCAUCCAGGCAGCGGUCCAGGUCUGCAUAAGCCCCACGUAGAUUUCAUCUGCUGGCUUUAGACAAGUUUCCUCUACCUGUGCUCCUGCCUUCAUGUCUGGCCUGUGUCUCCUGUAGGCCAGGCACUGGGCUAAGGGCCAGGAAUUCUUCCAGCUGUUUUGAGCAGCUCUUCCCUCCCACCAGCUCUACUUCCCACUCCCCCUGGCCUGAGAGUGUGUCUAACUUGUAUUGUUUCCUUAAAAUGGAGAUAUGAGUACCUACCUCUGAGUUGUGAGGAUGGCAAUGAAAUAACAGCUUUAAAGUGUUUGGUACAUAAUAGGUACUUAAUAAAUGUUAGUAGUUUCUACUCAAAUGUUGUUAGCCUGAAUUUUCCUGCCAGGCAUUAUGCUAAGUCAGGUUAUCUCCUGAUGCCCUGCCCACUUCUUCCCAAACUUUGCUCUCUGUUUUUUUUUUUUUG